GGACAUAUAAUUAUUAUUUUUUAGCUCUAAAUUUUUUGUAGUAUUAGUGAACUUAUAACUAUAUUAUUGGAAGAAUUUGUACUGGGCAACUGCUAUUGUUUCUGUCGUUUUAUAUACUUAAAACGGCCAAAGCUUGUUUGACGCUGGAUAUUCGAAUAACGAAAAUAAGAAAAGUUCUUUGCUUUAGAAUACAAAAUUAUGCCAUCAAAUGACAUGAUAGGUGGAUUUCUGCCAGCAAUCGAAACCGUUAUAGAUUCCACGUAUGCAUUCCCGGGCUUUUGCACUGAUGAUGUGCAACAGAAUUUGUGGGUGAGACAAAUCAAUCAUAUGUGCUGACAAGUGGAUAUUAUCGCUCAGAAUAUUGGAAACAGUUGAAAGCUCCCCAUACAUCUCUUAUUUUUUUAUUUUGUUAUUUGGGCUUAUAAUAAUAAUAAACAACAAUGUGGAACUGCAGCAAAAAAUUGUUAACUAAAAUGGGCUUCUAAAACAUUAAAAAAAUAUAAAGUAUACAUGAAUAAUAAUAGUUACAACAAAAGAACACAGCGAAGGACUUGGAUUAAAGUAUUUAUAUUGAAGUCUGGAUAUAUUCUGAAUCGGCUAGCUGUUUCAGCUGCUUUGCUUUUAAUAUGGAUGCUAAGAAAGAUGCCGCAAUACCUCAAACAAGUGGCACUACAUUGCGACGACCGGCUCAGUUUGUGAAGAAACGCUCUGGCUCACUGGUCGAUGCACUUGAUGAGCUACACCGUGAGAUCUAUGAUAAGCCCUCAACACCGGUUUCAGCGCCAAAAACAUCGAUUCCCAGAGCUUGGGUGACACAGGUGACGCCUUUGGAUGUUGGUGCGAAGUUGCCUACAUUAGCGGUGACAGCUUCAUCGUCCCAACCUGCCCGACGGCGUCCAACAAUCAAGGAGAAGGAGAAAAAACGAGAGCGAUGGCUUCUUACUAGGAAAACGUGGAAAUAUAUGACUGAUGCUGGUCGUAAGUUGAUUCCAGAUGGAGCACAAAACCGCAAGGAAGAUAUACCAAAGAUCGAAGUGCAUUUCCAGCAGACGUGUUCUAAUGAGCCUCGUUUUAUAUUAUGGCCUCGCAAAUCAUCUUAUCCAGGCGCCGUGCGCAACUCCAAGCGCCGAAUAAAACACUUUCUGCAGCAUACUGGACAGAAAGGACCGCUUACUAAUAAUGCUUUGAAACAGGAACAGGCUGACAAUGCUGACCUAGUUAUUGGUCUGCUACAGUCUUAUUUGAAGCUUGAUGAGGUUUGUAAAACUACCACAUUACUUAGCUCGAAGACGAUACGUCCAGAUCAGACAGCCUCCCCAAGCGCGCAACGCCCGGGUAGACUACGGAGACUCCCUAUAAACAUCGACAAUAUAACUUCAAGAGGACCUGGUUUUUUAACGACUACUCAGCGUCCGAAAGAUCUACAAGAGUUAAACGAAAUUGAUCAAUUACUGGAGCAGUUACGUAUACUGUCUUGCAGUUCAAAAGUGUAUGCAUUCACUAUACCCCCAGAGAGCAUUACGCCUGCUAUUCUCGAAGAUAAAGGUUUAUUAAAACAAAUAUAUAAUUUACUUAAAAAACAACAGCUACAUCGUCUUUUAAGUAAACAUUCCACCUCGUCACCGAAGGGUGCACCAUCACAACUUGAGCACUCAUCAUCAUUGUCUAGUCUGCUACAUUUUGGUGCUGGUGCCUCUGAUACCGGCAGAUUUGGAAACAAAGAAAGAUGUCAUGUUAUAUCCACCGCAGCUCCCAUGAAAGGUCAGAUCCCUUUGGUGACAACGACAUCUGAAACUAUAAAAACAACAAGUGGCACUAUACCCAAAAUACCAUUGCGCAGCGUCAGAAAAGAUCCCAGUUGGGGAGCAAUAUCUCCUAUAGCCACGCCUCGGCAGCGAAAGCCGCCAAGUUCGCUGCAUAUACCAGGUUUAUAUAGCGAUAAUAAAAAUAGUCCACCCUUAUGUCGUACUAAGCCGCUGUUGGUUGAAAAACAUUUUAACUGUUGUGGUUCUCAAACGAAUUUCGUGUCAUUGCAAGAGAUAAAACGGCUAGCAGAAGAAUAUAAACAGCGUAAACGGGAGGAAAUAACGCUAAAUGCUUCAUCGAUUACGACGCCUGCCGCUACCGAUGAUGAAGCAGAGAAAGGUGGGUCAACGACACUGUGCAGAACUCAACACCAUAGCCGCAAGGGCUCUAUUGAUAACGAAGAUAUAUCGCAGUCGGUCAGUGAUACAAUUAAACGAUACUUACGUAUGGCCCGAAGAAAAAGUGUUCAUGAUGAUGAUGCCAAUCGUUUUAAACGUGUUAACUAUGAUCGAAAUUUGCGAAACAUAAAAGCCAAAGGCGAAAUUAACCCCCCUGGCAUGGAUGAAGGAAAUUCGAAAGCUGUGCAAACAUUGGACGCAUGGCCGCUGAUAUCUUUGGAUUUUAUUCGUGGCAACGAAAAAUCUGGUAUUUUAGAGGCUGCACAUAUCGAGUGGCGGAGAGCACUCGAGGAACGAAUGCAAAAGAAGCUUGAAUAUGAACAGAACUUAAAUUUACAGACUGGUGCUUGCGAUAGUACAUCUAUAGCUAGAGACAUAGAACCGUCCGUAUCGAGUUGUAAUUCAUCAUCGGCACCAACUUCGCCUAUAUCCAACGAAACUGUGCAUGCAAGUAAGCAUUUAAGCAGUGGAGUUAGUGGGCUUCGAUUAGUCGGAUCACAGUUUUUAUCCAAUUUAUGGCAUGGUGCAAGUAGUGGUGCUUCAUCAGCUUUUCAUGAUGAUGACCCUGGUAGCAGCCAUCAUGUUAGUGCUAGCUUAUUAAAAUUUCAUCGAAAUGGAAAGAGCAAUCAAAAUACUGGAAACAAUGAUUCUUCUCCGAAGAAUGUAAGUUUGGGCGCAGUAAUGCAAAAAUCCAAAUCAUCGUCCAAUGUUGGGCAGUUCGUCACCAGAAAGAUACUUAAAAGGCGUUCGAAAAGUCAAUCUCGAUCCAGCACCCAAACUCCAUUUUCGAAAUGGGAGCCAGCGGAGAAUUUCACUUGGGCCUCGGAGAAUGGAGAUCGUUUAUUGAUACAAGAUUCUUGUUUACAAAAUCUCACCGACAUCGAAGCAAAAAUCUUGCGGCGUGUUGCAUUAGAAAAGAUAAGUGAGCUAAAUAUUGGAGCCAAUGUUUUAUUAGGUAAGUGCAAUGGUAAAUGCAAGGUUAGGGGUUUAACAUGA